AUGGAACCCAACCAAGAUCCCCCUACUCCAGGCAAUGGCGAACCUGUCCCCGUUCAAGAUCCUGUGAAGAAUGACGAUUGUGUAGUCCAGCACAUGUCUAUCGAACAGUACCAACAAGACUGUACCUUCUGCGAGUUCGUCUGGGCCAAGCUUGGAAGGAUGGGAUUCGAUGUUCUCCAGUAUGCUCGGGACAAGAUUCUCCGUGUCAAUGCAGAACGUCUCAAGGAGGGCAAGAAGAAGCUUGGUGAAUUCAUUUAUGCCUACGAUGUCUGUGGCAUGUGGGUUGUCAAGUAUGUGGACAAGGAUGGAAAUCGUUCUCCUUUCCCUCCCAUCAAUGGAACCCUGGAUAUGGAUUUCUUGAACCGCCUCUUGAAGAUGAAGAUCAUCCUUCCCGAUCCAUUCGUGGAGCACAAAACAACAACCAUGUUCUGUGAUGCCUUUGGCAUUAACGAGACAAACUUCAUGCAUGCAUACCAUCGUUACCUUGAUGAUGUGGACCUGUACAGCGAAGGAUUGCAUGAUCAGUUCGGCAGCGAUGAAGACUCUGACCCCAUCACGGCAACUCUAAACCGCAUUGACAACUUACCCACUGGUUCACCCACUGGUUCACUCACUGGUUCACUCACUGGUUCAUCCACUGGUUCACCAACUGCUGGUACCUUGACGUCUGAGGAAACCCGACCUACUUUCCAUCGAGAGCCCCUUUUUGGCUACCCUGUGUACUGUGUCCCCUGUGCCCAAUCACCUACUAGUGGUUCAAGCAGUACUGGUGCAACUUCAAGUCCAGAGGUCUCUUUGACAGUUGCCAGUGGAAGCUCGGGGUCCCAGGAUGAAAUCUUGCUUCGCCCGAAGAAAUGGGUCUUGUCCCAACAACAGGCUAGUGACGACUCUUCCUCCUCUGAAGAAGAUGACGAUGACGAUGACUCCCAGGAAACAGAAGGCCCAAAAGAAGAAUCCAAGGAAGAAGAAUCGACGGAAGACGACAUCCAGGAAGAAGAAGACAACGAAGAAGACGACAUCCAGGAAGACGACGAGGCAGAAGAAGACGACAUCCAGGAAGACGACGAGGAAGAAGACGACGACGACGAGAGUCCCAAGAAAAAGCAGAAGACUGGUGACAGUAAUGACGAUGACAAGGAAGAAGAAGAAGAAGACGAAGAAGUUGACACAGUUGAUGGCAAUGAAGAUAAUGGCAGUGAAGAUAAUGGCGACGAAGAUAAUGGCGAUGGUGCUGGUGCUACGGUUGGAUCGUUGGGUUGUGUUCUCCUCUCUACUGGCAGCUGGUCCUAUUGA